AUGGACCAUAGUUAUUAUCAGAUCCGAUCCGAUCUGAUAAGAUUAUAUUACCGUGCAUUGGUCUUCGUUUCGAUCCUGGCAACUAGGCACGAGGCAAAACAACUGCAAAUCUUCAGCAGCAAAAAUUCACGAAAGUCUUCCUUUAUAUUAAAUACCACUCUUCAGCCGCGGUGGCCUCGGCCUCCCAGUCGCGGAAAAAAAUGGAGUCACGGCAAGGAGAUCCACAGAGGGGAAGCGAGUGGCCCAAAAACACCGCAUAGCGGCGGAGCUGCGGAGCAAGUGGAUAGAGAUGUUGCAGUUGUGCGGUUCUUGUUCACUCUGCCACUUUCUGAGCCAUGA